ACAUGAAUGAGGAGGCCCGUUCUAUUCACUCUAUUUCUAUGGGCUACACACCAUCAUAAACACAGGAGGAGUUUGGCUCGACACAGGCAUGCUCUGGUCUCCACAGCAUGGGGAAGGAGACUUGGAUAAUGCAGGAAUGAGAGAAGGUCUUACCUUCCUUGGAAUUGUAGUGCUUUACUGGAAGGUCCUUAGUCGGCAGGGGAAUGCACAGAGAGACAAAGACGGUAGGAGAGGGAGGAGGAGUGGAGAUGUCAAUGUGACACGGUGGAGAAAAGAAAGUGACACAGCAGAAAAUUACUGGGUGAGCUUCCAUGAAGAGGAGAAUGUAAGUCUUUAAGAGGCAACAGUAAAUGAACACAGUUAAUUGAAUCAGUGAUUCAUUCAAAUGUGAAAUAUGUACAUUUGGUAAAAGAGAGCAAAGGAGAGAGACAGAAAGAAGAACAUUAGCCAGAAGAAAGAGAGAGGAAAACAACAAGUCAAGGAACCCUUGGUGAGUAAACAGUCACCCAGUCCCUAGAUAGAUCCUUCAACAGUAUCUCAUCAUGGUGAACCUGGACCUGAGGUCUCUCACCCUGCCGGUGGGCAUCAUCCGUAUGUUUGAGGUGGUCCUCACCUGUAUCUCCUUCAGUCUGGUGGCCUCGGCAGGCCAUGUGCUCUCCACACACUGGGACUGGUGCAUGUUCACCUGGUGCUUCUGUUGCUUCUUCUCCCUCUUCAUCCUCAUCAUGGAGUUCACCCGCUUCAGCGCCAAGGUGCCCAUCUCCUGGGAUGACUUCACUACGGCCUUCGCCGUGCUGGCCACACUAAUGUGUUUCACCUCCUCCAUCAUCUACCCCACCUUCUUCACCUGCCCCACCUGCUACCGCCAGAUUGCUGCCACCGUCAGCUCCCUACUCUGUUUUGGAUUGUACGUCGGCGAGGUGGUGUUGGCCCGCCUCCGGCCCGGUGGUGAGAUCAGUGGCUUCCUGUCCACUGUCCCGGGCCUCCUCAAGAUCCUGGAGACUCUGCUGGCCUGUAUUAUCUUUACGUCGCUGGAUCCGGCAAGGUUUCUGUUUCAUCCGGGACUGCAGUGGUGCGUGGCGGUUUAUUCCCUCUGCUUCAUCUUCGCACUCGUCAUCAUCUUCCUCACCGUCGGUCAGCUGCUGUCGCUCUUCCCCUUCUCGUUUGACAAACUGCUCACGGUCUAUAAUAUUCUGGCCACCAUGAUGUACAUGACUGCCAUGGUCAUCUGGCCACUGUAUAGUUUCGAGAACAACCCCCGGCCCGUUCCGUGUUCCCCCUGUCCCUGGGACAAUCUGGUUGUGGUGACAUUCAUGACCGUGAUCAACCUGGUGAUCUAUAUUUUGGAUACGAUCUACUCGAUAAAGGUGGUCUUCUUCACAUUGGAUGAGGAAUAGGCCAGAUUCUCAGGAACCUUCACUCCAACUUUUCCAGAACCGGUCAAUGACUGACACACUAUCAUAUUGCAUGGAGAAACUAUUGUUUACUGAAUAAGAAACUCCAGCACGUUGGUAAUCUUGAUUCUCCACAUAUGGUUGAAAAGAUCCAUUUCAUUUCUAGAGAAUGAAGAGUUUAUUUUCAAAUCAAUGACUGAGAGCUUGGAAGAAGAACAAUUGCAGAACGUUGGCAGAACAUUUGCUGAUGUCUUUUGCUUCAGACAUGUGGAAGAUAUUUAGUUAUUCCUAUAACACUGUAAAUGAACUCUUAUUGCAGAUGAGGAUUCUACAGGCAAGGACACACUGUUUAUCACUUGUAGCUAUUAAAGUGUGCAGUAGGAAGCUGAGUUAAUGAUUGAUCGUAUCGAUUUCAUAGAAAUAAAAAAUACAGAAUUUUGGAUCCUGAUGCAAAUACAAUAUGAAUGUCUAAUCUGGCAACAUGGUAUGUAUAACCGUUCCUUUGGGCCAAAGGCACUAGCAGCAAUAUAGAUUCUGCCAAUUGCAAAGGAUUUGUGAUCUUAUAUUCAUGUUGACCACUUCUUUCUUGGUUGUUAGACAUGUUCUCUUGUUGUACUGCUAGUUGGCUCACUAACUGCCAGAUCGUUGAUUACCUGCUGAAGUGCUAUGUGGACUGCACACUAAAAACAAAUGGUUCUACAGUAUAUAGUGCCAAAUAAUAGUUAUUUGGCUCAUAACGAUAGUGUAUCCUAUUUUGGUACUAUAUAGAACCCUUUUUUGAAGGUUCUAUAAAGAACCAUGUUCACAAGGUUAUAAAUGGAACUAUUAUGGUGCUAUAAAGAAACCUUUCCUAAGGUUCUAAAAAUAACUUUAAAAAAGGUUCUACAUAGCACCAAAAAGGGUUCCGCUAUCAUUACAACCCUUUUUGGUGCUAUAAAGAACCCUUUUUAAUGGUUAUUUAUAGAGCCUUUAUGGAGAAUGGUUAUAUUAAAUUAAGAACCUUUCUCAAUCUCAAAGGUUCUACAAAGAACCCUUUGAAGAACCAGAGAGAGAUAUUUAUUCUGGUUAGACAUAUACUGUUAAAAUUCCAUAGGUGUUGUUGAAUCAGGUGUGGUAGCUCUGGAACAGCUGGGGUUCUCUGAGGAGAGAAUUGAGAACUGCUGGUUUAGGUAUUUUUAAAAGACUGGAGUUGGAAGGGGACUCAACUCAAGAACUGAUCUUUCAUUAUGAUGUUGACCUUUUCUUAGACGCCAAUAGAAUAGGGAGAGGUAAUCAGAGAAGGUUUGUGUACAGGAC